AUCCUUUACCUCCUUGAGAACCAGGUGCCUUUCAUUCUUCUAGAGGGCAUCAACGGUCUCGCCAAAAGCAGUGGUCUACUCCCGUACAUGGCAAGAUAUAUCCAGAGUCUGCUGCAUGCUCAGCUGUAGAUCAGCCGAGAGAAGCCGAGGCUGCCGGAGCACCCAUCCCACCUGCUACACCUAGUGCACACAUACUUCCAUCCAACUCCAACCAAUGGCAAUGGCAAUGGCAAUGGUGAAAUUGCAGAUCCUCCAAAGCGCCGAUGCCAGCUGUUGCACCGAGUCCGCACAUACUUCAGCCCACCACCAUCUGCUGACCCGCAGCAUGACAUGGGCAGAACACAUCCGUACACGGGUCGGUGGCGUCGGGCAACGGAGUACUGCAUGCACGCCAACGUGCAGUUCAGGUGCCGGGACUUCGCGGAUAAUGUGACUUGCAUCCUCGACGUGCGCCUUCAAGGAGGCACGCUGGACAUCCCCUGCCUGCAUGUCGGCAGCGGGACGUGGACGCUCCUUCGUAACCUGAUGGCUCUGGAGGAGCAGAUGCCCAAGAGGCCCGUCACAGCCUACUGCAUCUUCAUGUCGCAGGUGGCGUGUACGGUGGAGGACGUCCGGCUGCUGGUCGAGGCAAAGAUCAUCCAACACUGGCAGGGCAGCGACAAGAUUGCCGCCCAAGGCUUUGCCAACCUCUGCAACGGGGUGGCCAUGGACGUCCAUGACAAAAACAAGAACUACCUCAAGCCCAUCUGGCACAACCUGGAAAAAUUAUGCGACAGCAAGGCGCGCAACUUCAAGGGAUCGUUCCGCCAAAAGUACUGCAGCACUACAUUGCAACAAGUCGUAUUCGGUGUUACAGCCUUCCUCGCCUUGUGUCAGUUGCUGCAAUCCAUCUAUGCACCCAUCGCCUAUCAUUUUCCCAAACACUAGCUACCUGUUGACGUACUGUACUACUUUCAUCUCUUUUUUCUAUCAUAUCAGCUGACUUGAUGAUCUUAAGCACGUGACAGUGUCGCGCCGUGCGAUUUGUUAGUUAUGACAAUAUCCGAUGAUGUUUUCUUAUCAUUGUUUCUC